CAGACCUCUGGGUAAGCUUUCCUUGCAGUUUUCAUCAUGGCGUCAAACGGCCUAGUAUUUAGACCGGGUCGAGGCCCAUCUUUUAUCCUAGUUGGGCUUGUUCUCAUCGUUAUAAUACUGUUCUACAGCUACUGGGGUGUUUCUUCCAAAAAUAAUAAGUUACUUAGAGAUGUUAGCGUUUUACAAGACCGGUUACGUGUCUUAGCGGCUCGAAAACUAACAGCAGACAAGAAAGGUUCUGCCCUACUAACCCAAAUCACUCAGUUGCAAGAAGACAAAGAGCAGAAAGAUAAGGUUAUAAACUCCAAAGAUGAAAAAAAUGCUGAUUUAUCAGCAUCUUUACAUAAGAAGGAGAAUGAAUUAACAAAAGUUCGACAGCAAGAGCAAAAUUACUUAAUGGAGUUAGAGAAACUGAGGAAAGGAGUAAACAGUUCUUCCUCUGGUCUCAGAACAUUGAAAGGCAAGGCUGAUCAGCUGUUGAAAAGCUAUCAAGAUAUCAAGGCAAAUUACUCUUCACUUCUGCAACAGAUUACCAUGUUGACAUCUCAGAGGGAUCUUUACCAAAAGGAAUUAGCAAAUGUCAAAACAGAACUUGAAGACCUAAAGAAAAAAACAGUUGAUAAGGUCCCCACAAAACCCAAUAAUGAAGGAAAUAAGGAACCAAUGAGAGAUGCCUCUGAAGGAGGCAGCACAAAUGAGAGAGAAAGAGAUGAACUAAAGAAAGCUGUACCAAGCAUAUCAGAGACAAACAAGAAAGGAGCUGGGAAUGUGAAUUCUUCCUCAGCAGCCAAUGUUUCAGAUCCAACAAACAUGAAGUCAGGUGGAAAUAAGACUCAAAGUGAAGAGAGUGCUGGUUCUCCAACUAAAAGUAGCACUGGCAUCUUGGAUAGAUUGAAACAGGGCAUUAUGGGGGGACCAGACGCAGAUGAGAAAGAGGUGACCAGAGUCAAUGAAGGUGGCCAACAGCCAACUGAAAAGAGUUCUCCAAGUGAUGAGAACAGUCAACAAGAAAAUGAGGAUGAAGCUAAUGAUGAAAGGGAUGACCAGGAAGAGAAUGAAAAGAAAGAUAUGGACAAAAGACAAGGACAAAAUACUCCUAUCAACACUGAGGAGAAAGACAUGGAAGAAAAAGAAAAGACUGAAUCUGUGAGAGAUCAAGAGGAUGAAAAUGCUGAAGAGAAUGAGAAUGUGGAUAAUAAAGACAAUGAAUCUGACAAAGAUGUGGAUGACUCACAAAAGGAUGAAGGAGAGGAUACUGAAACCCAAGGGCAACCACUCUCUAGAGGCAGUCUUCAGAGGAAAAUGAUGAUUCCUCCAGACAGUUUAAAAGACAUUAGAGGCCUACCAAAUACUGAUAAUAAGCGACCCCCAGUUGGCAACUCAAGGCAAAGGUUUGACCCACGAAGGUCACGGGACACCCCUGGUAGUUUGGGUGUUGGAAGAAGCAUGGGACGAGAUGAUCCAGAUGAUAGAAUGAUACGGAAGUAAGAAUGAUGUGUGGCCGAAAAUUGUCCACAAAUGGUCUUGUUUUUUUUACUGCGGAGAUGCAAGACCCACGGUAAAAGAGCAUCGAGGUUUAAGACAGCGUGGUAGCAGUAAAAACUCGACAUGGAUAGUAAUUACAUUUUAAGUGUUUGAUAAAGCGAAGUAAGUUAUUUAAUUGCAUUAAGGGGAGAGCAGAACCUCGUAGAAAGUUGUAAUGUUUUUUUUUUUCUUCUCUUUUACACGUGUAGAGGUGCUACAUGUAGGUUUGUAGUUUGGUGUAACAAGUUUCACAAGAAGUGAUGUUUGUAAAUCGAUUGGCUUUGUUUGUAAAUCGAUACAUUUGCUACUUUUGUCCUUUAAAAGAUAUAUAUUUUAGUAUUUUUGUUGGGCACGUAUAACUCAAUAACAAUACCAAAAGGGUAUUUAAAUCAGCUUUAAGAAAACCUAUUAACAUUUCUAUCAUUAAUUCUUGGUUAGUAGGGUAACCGACCGCGGAUUCGGAACAGGCUAGGGUUAGGAUCCUCCAGGAAGACUAAAUUUUACGCUUUUGUUACGGGAGGACGAACGAUGUUCUACAUCGAUUUUGUGGUAGCCAGCUGUAAAAAAUAAAUUUCAACACUCACCAACUUAGGACACUUUCGCCGCCAUAGUAGAAAUGGCACUUCCACAAUGCAAUGUGAUCCCAGUAAACAUAAACUUCGGUUGCUCGUUCACUUUUAGUUGUUCUCACUUCGGGAUCCGGAAGUCUUCGGAAGUUACGGACAAUCUUACUUAGAACAUUUUGACAUGAUACGUACUGGCCUUGCGCCAGUUAGCAUCUAGUUAGCAUGAUAACAGUGAUUUACAUUUGAAAGGUAGCAAGGUUUGUAUCAUAACAAGGUCAUCUCUAGCCUCACUCCCGUUCAAAGGCUUGGCAACCAAGCACACAACUGUAAAAUGGACUAUUAAUUCCAUUAGAAUCUUUAUCGGUGCCCUAGCUUCAUGUUCGUUUAUUGGUACUUAUAAAUUACGUAUUUUCAAAUUUAGGGUGUCAUGUUAACCAUUAACAGUUCGUCCAGUGUAUUACGGAGGAACAAAAGAAAUCUUUUAAAGUUUUCCCAAUUUUUUGGGCUCAAAUUUCAUUCUGUAGGUUUUGACGAAGCUACCGAUUUUAUUAGCAAUGCCUAGAAAAUUGAUCGGAAAAAAUAGCUGGGAUCCUUUAAACUAAGUUAGGCUAUCAAUUAGCACUUAAUCUGCUGUAAAUAGCACUGACGUCAUGACUCUUUAAUAAACUUCCAAUACUUGUAGUUGA